AGAACUUCAGCCUUCUCUGGAAACUUGGAGCUCUUUGGAAGCCAAGCUUUCCACAAUGAAGAGCUUUCUUGCUUUCCUUCUUGCAAUGGGCAGCAUUGUGACCCUGGGGGAUGCACACUGCUUUACUGCACUUCGAGAGCCAGAGUGGCCAUACAGAGGCUGUAUGAUGAAUGGAAAACUGUAUCCCUUUGGACGCAUUGAGAGGACAGAAGAUUGCUACAAAUGUCUCUGUCACAAAUAUGCAAUGCAUUGCUGUUCCCUCUUUCAUACUCCUUUUGCUUUUGAUGAGAAGGAAUGCAAAGCCAUUUUCAAUAAAAAGCGCUGUAACUAUGAUGUGGUGCAGAAGGACGACCCCUCCAAAGUGUGUUCUGCCUUUGGUUAUGUGGGCUAA